GUACAUAUGUAGACACAGAUACGUUUUUAUGCCUGUACAUUCGAUAGAAACCUGAUUUUUAAAGCUAAAAUCUACAUACAUAUGUAAUUAAGUUUUAAACAAUUUGGUAGUACUUUUUACAUUAUUAUAACUUUUCCAAAAAUUAAAUUGGUUUAUUAAGAACGGUGUGAGUGGGUUUCGUGUAUGCAUUAUCAAAUAUACUUAUAAAUGCAUAUGUACACCUGCAACUACUUACAUUCAUAUGUUUGUAUGUAGUUAAAGGCUGAACUUAACAGUAAAUACAGUACCUCAUGCCAAAUGAUGCAUUUUCGACCACAUAAAACAUAAAAAUAGAAAUGUGCCAUAUAUUCAUUUUAAUAUCAUAAUCUAUGCAGAGAAGCGCAAUGGAAAACAAAUCGUCAUUGGAUCAUAGUUCCGAUCUGGAUUAUUCCGAAUUUCUGAAUGAAUACUUUUUGCAAAAUAUUACCCAAUGCCAAGAGCCCGAAGUCACUUACGACGAUGGAGAACUAGAGGCGGAGUGGCUUGUUUCAAUCGGAUAUCCAGAGUUAACCAAACCUUUUGAAAAAGGCUUGGAGGUCCACAAAGCUGAACUUGAACCCGUUCUGAAAACAUUAUCAAAGCCCCACGCCGAAGCUAUCAGACAACGCGUUAUUAUAUUGAAUCAGACCGUGCGAGGGCGCAAAAAGAUCCGGUCAAAGCGUAAGCCUGAUAUCAGAGAUCUAUUUAGGGACUUUGAUGAAUCUAGUACAGGAACACGAUCUCGGAGUGCUACUCCAGACUCUUUGGAUUCCAUACAAGUUGACGAUGUUUGGGGAACCUCUUCUAUACCAAACUUUGUGCGCAUCUUUGAAGAAAAGGACGAGAGUGAAAAAAAUACAACUCUGCAUUCGAAAAAAAAAAACUUGAAACAAAAAAUACGCCGGACACCUAGCGCACCUAUUAAAAGCGGUUUAUCUCCGGAUCUAUUUCGCGGCUCAAAUAUGCGUUGUGAUAUACCAUUAAAUUCAGCGCAUGGGGUUGAACUAGUUGGAUAUUCAAGAAUUGGAACCAUAAAUUUGGCACGAGGACGGUCUGGUUCUGACCCAGCAUGUUCAAUUGGUAAGGCACGGGGAGAGACUGCAAAGAUACACAGUGAAAAUAAUACAUCAGGCGAUUCCAGCGAUGAUUGCAUUGAUAAAUUAAACGAAAACUAUAAACAGCUUUCAAAAUCAGACAAUGAGUGUCCAGGAAAUUUGCUUAUGGCUGGUGAUGUUAUAAGCUUUGAAAAUAUUUGCCGUGAUACCUUUGGUCCAGAUGAAGUAGAUAUAUUAGACGAUUUUAAUCCAUCACAAAAACAAUACAUAGACAUCGUUUUAUUAAGUGAAAUUGAUAUAAAACGAUUGCAGUCUAUUAUUUGGCUAGAGUUAGCAACCAUAUUUGAUCGAAACAAAAUAUCUCUAGACAGAAGAAAACCAUACAAAAGACGUCGUAAAGAAGAAGGAAAUCUGUUUGGUGUUUCGCUAAGUGCUCUUAUUCGACGUGAUCAGCAAAUCACUGGAACCGAUUCUAAUCUUGUACCACUAUUUUUGGAAAAUCUGUUAGCUGAAAUAACUCUUCGGGGAUCUACAGAAGAAGGAAUACUUCGAAUUGCUGGAAAUAAGCAAAAGACUGAAGUACUUUACAAUGAACUAGAAUCAAUAUUUUAUCUGAAAUUUGAAAAUAUGGACAAUUAUUUUUCUAAUGCUACAGUUCAUGAACUAAGCGCGCUUCUUAAGCGAUGGUUACGGGAACUUCCACAGCCUUUACUUACAAACGAACUUGUUCAACUGUUUUAUCAAUGUCAUAAACUAACAUCGAUGGAUCAAAAAAAGGCUUUUUCACUUUUAUGUCAAUUGUUACCACAUGAAAAUAGAAACACGUUUCGAGCGUUGUUAAGUUUUUUAAACAAUAUAAUCAAUUUACAAAAUGUUAACAAAAUGAAUUUACACAACGUAUCUACGAUAAUAGCUCCUUCUUUCUUUCCCCCCCGUAAUGUUCAUCCAGUUAACAAAAACAACAUUGAAGAGCAAGUAAAAAUGGCUGCAAUAUGCUGUCGUUUGACCAAUGUUUUAAUUACACGCGGCGAAAAACUUUUUCAGGUACAGAAAAACUUAAUAACGGAGUCAAAAAGUAAAAAACGAAUGAGAAAAAAAGCAUUAUCCCAGCUCGAAAUAAUGGAAAUUCGCAAUGGAAAUCCUACUAGUUCAACAAUUAUUAAUGAAGAGUCAAAAAAUACAAAUCAUGUACAUCACACUGUUGUAUAAUAUAGAAGAGUAUAUAAAUAUUGUUAUUGUAAUUGGUGCUCCAAUUUAUUUUAUUUUCUGUGAUACAUUUAUGUUCUUUUAGCAUUAAUGAAGUCUCUAGGGUCUUGGUUUAGCACUAACUUUAACUAGCAGGUAUAAAAAAUAAAUAUAAUCUUGUAUGAUAUAAUAUGGUGCUAAAGGGUAUAUAAAUGCAUUUAAAAAUAUAGAAUAAACUACAUUAGUAUCACCUAAAGAAUUGAAUUUAAGUGUCGUCCCUUAAAAAAAGUUAUGAAAUACAUUUUAUGCGAAAUGUACAAAUAUAUGCUCAAUCGUGA